UCUUAUUUUUUCUCGAAAGAAAAAAAAUAAUCGGAACAACACCAUCAUCGUUGUUCUGAGUUGGCUCGUUAGGGUUUUCGAUUCUUUUUUUUUUUUGUAAACUAGGGUUUUCGAUUCUCACUUGUUUUUUUUUGCUCUUUUCUUGUGUCGUUCUUUGUUUAAAUAUUUUGGCAGAGAAGCAUGGUUUCUAGGUUAAGUAAUGAGAAGCCAAUCGUGUACGAGAGUGAAGAGCAUCAUGUUCGUACUGAUUCGAGCAAUACAGAUGAGCUUUCACUAGAACCAAUCGACCAUCUCAAGAUUUUUGAUCAUAUAAGAUAUAUCAAAGAUCCAGAGCUUCCUUCUUCUUUGGAACACCUCAACGUACUUACACAAGACUCGGUUGAAGUGGAUAAUGACAAGAGUUAUGUUAGGGUUACAUUCACUCCAACUAUGAAACAUUGUGACAUGACAACCAUAAUCGGUCUUUGUGUGCGCGUGAAACUUAUGCGAAGCCUUCCUGCGAGAUACAAAGUUGAUAUAAGAGUAGCACCCGGUACUCAUGCAACAGAGGCUGCAGUCAAUAAACAACUAAACGACAAAGAACGUGUCUCCGCUGCUCUAGAGAAUCCAUACAUCGUGGAGAUCGUCGAUGAAUGUCUUUCCCAUUAUUUAAAUGUUGCUUGAUGCCCUCUCUUACCUCUGCAAAGAUUUUGAUCAAUUAGGCCUUAUCUUGUGUUCCGUUUAUUGUUUCGAUCUAGACGUGGAACUUAAGCAACAUUGGCGUUGAGGGACUCAACAAAAUUUCUCAGACAGAAAACUUAAUGUUAAAAGAUAGAAAUUAUUAAUAGCAUGAAGUUUGUGUUGUAACAUUGGUGGAUCCAUUUACAUAAAAACAAGCCGAGAAACUGUCAUUCUUGAGUCUCUCCAGCAAGGGAAACUCUCCUUCUCUUUGAAAGCUCUGUUAUCCAUGGAAUGAUAACUGAUAUGACCCUGUUCUCUUAUUGU